AUCAUGUGAAAGUUGCAGAAAUGCUCAUCGAACACGGCGCCGAUGUCAAUGCAAUUGGAUUUGAUAAUUGGACACCACUUCAAGUAGCUUCACGAAAAGGUUCGGUGAAAGUAUCAGAAGUCCUCAUCAAACACGGUGCUGACAUUAGUGCAAAAACAGAAAAAGGAAAUAUGCCACUGCAUUUAGCUGCACAAUAUGAUCAUGUGAAAAUCGGAGAAAUCCUUCUUAACCAUGGAGCUAACAUCAGUGCAUUUAGCACUGAUGGAUUCACAGCACUUCAUCUAGCCGCUCAAAAUGAUAAUGGGAAAGUCGCAGAAAUGCUCAUUGAACACGGUGCCGAUGUUAAUGCUACAGGAAGCGACAAUUGGAUGCCAAUUCAUAUGGCUGCACAGAAUAAUUCCGUGAACGUUGCCGAAAUCCUUCUCAAUCAUAGUGCUGACAUCAGUGCUAAAAACAAUGAUGAAUACAAUCCACUUCAUAUUGUUGCUCAAAAUGAUAAUGUGAGAGUCGCAGAAAUCCUCAUCAAUCAUGGUGCUGACGUGAAUGCUACAGCAAACAGUGGAAAUAUGCCACUUCAUAUCGCUGCAAAAAAUGGUCAAAUAAAAGUCGCAGAAAUUCUCAUAAAACACGGCGCUGGCAUCAAUGCAAAAAAUGAUUUGGGACACACGGCGCUCCGUAUCGCUAUAUCCACCGGUAAUGCGGGCUUCACUCUAUUCCUCAUUGAACAUGCUGCCGACGUAAAUAUUAAAGACAAUGAAGGAAGUAUGUUACUUCAUAUCGCUAUGCUAUCGGAUGAAGCUGAUAUGAAUACCGUUAAAUUUCUAAUUGAAAACGGAGCCAACGUUAACGGUACAGAUAACAAGAAUGGAUUCACACCACUUCAUUUGGCUGCACAAAAUGGUUUUUGA